CCGGGGCCGGCCGGGCGCAUCACCUCCCCGCCCCGUCCCGCCGCCGCCAUGAACCCUCUCUUCGGCCCCAACCUCUUCCUCCUGCCGCAGGAGCAGCAGGGGCUGGCGGGCCCCGAGCUGCCGCCGCCGCCCGCCGCCGAGCCGCUGGCCGGGGAGCCGCCCGCCGGCCCCUUUCCCGCGCCGCCCGCCGCCAUGGCCCUCCGCAACGACCUGGGCUCCAACAUCAGCGUCCUCAAGACCCUGAACCUGCGGUUCCGAUGCUUCCUGGCCAAGGUCCACGAGCUGGAGCGGCGCAACCGGCAGCUGGAGAAGCAGCUGCAGCAGGCGCUGGAGGAGGGGGCGAGCGGCCGCGGCCGGGGACCCCCGCGCCGGGACCAGGCGGUGCAGACCGGCUUCGUGGGUCCCAUCCGCACCCUGGGGCUGGGGCUGGGGCCGGGGCURGGGCUGGGCUCGGCACGGGCACUAGGGUCUCCCGGCUCCCGCCCCGGUGGUCCCGGCCAGCCCUCCGCCUUCUCGGCCGGCUCCCGCUUCAUGCCCGGCACCAUCUGGUCCUUCUCGCAAGCCCGGCGGCUCGGCCCCGGGCCCGAGACCACCCUGGUGCAGGGACCGGGGGUCUCCUGGGUCCACCCCGACGGGGUGGGUGUGCAGAUCGACACCAUCACCCCCGAGAUCCGAGCCCUUUACAACGUGCUGGCCAAGGUGAAGAGGGAGCGCGACGAGUACAAGCGCAGAUGGGAAGAGGAGUACACGGUGCGUGUCCAGCUUCAGGACAGGGUGACUGAGCUGCAGGAGGAAGCCCAGGAGGCUGAAGCUUGCCAGGAGGAGCUGGCCAUGAAGGUGGAGCAGCUCAAGGCAGAGCUUGUYGUCUUCAAGGGACUGAUGAGCAAUAACAUCACAGAGCUGGACACCAAGAUCCAGGAGAAGGCCAUGAAGGUGGACAUGGACAUCUGCCGUCGCAUCGACAUCACUGCCAAGCUGUGUGAUGUGGCACAGCAGCGGAACUGCGAGGACAUGAUCAAGAUGUUUCAGUCUCUGCACUUGUCUCCCGUUAAGGUCCCAGCCUCGGUGGGGCGGAAGCGGGAGCGCAAGCAGGUCAGCGAUGAGGACACCUCGCUGUCAGAGAGCGAUGCCUCCCGGAAACCUGACGAGGAGGAGGAGGACGAGACCACGGCCAUGAGUAUCAAUGAGGAAAUGCAGAGGAUGCUGAACCAGCUGAGGGAGUAUGACUUUGAGGAUGACUGUGACAGCCUCACGUGGGAGGAGACAGAAGAAACGCUGCUCCUCUGGGAGGACUUCUCCGGAUACGCCAUUGCAGCCGCAGAGGUGCAGGGGGAGCAGCAGGACGACAGCCUGGAGAAGGUGAUCAAGGACACAGAGUCRCUGUUCAAGAGCCGUGAGAAGGAGUACCAGGAAACCAUCGACCAAAUAGAGCUGGAGCUGGCCACAGCCAAGAAYGACAUGAACCGGCACCUCCACGAGUACAUGGAAAUGUGCAGCAUGAAGCGAGGCUUGGAUGUGCAGAUGGAGACUUGCCGGCGGCUCAUCACCCAGUCUGGGGACAGAAAGUCUCCUGCCUUCACUCCCAGCUCCAACAGCGAGUCCGCCCCAAAUGAGGAGAGCGAGGAAUCCGAUCGUGAUCCCCCCAGCGACGCUUCCAUCAGAUAAUGAGGAGAGGCCCUGCUCCCUCAGACCCCCUUCCUGGCAUGGGGGUGCCUGAGUCACACCUGGGAGAGACUGUCAGGGAUGUGGAACCGCUGGUAAACGCCCGUCACCCAGGCUCACUCCUGUUUUGGGGUGCUUGGCAGAUCCCACACCCCCCCUCACCGGAUACCUUGCAAACGGGAAUAGCUAGAUAGACCUGAGGGCCCUUGCCCGGGCUGCUCUGCCUUCAGCCCCUUCUCUAUUCCCUUUCCCUGCUUUGGUUAAGCCGUGGUUCGGGCAGGGAGGCUCCAAACCUGCCAUGGUGGCGUUCUGCAGGACCUGUUCCCAGGCGCCCCCAGACCCGCCUCCUCUGGCCUCCGUCCUGGUACACCUGACCUGCCCCCRCCCUCCCCGCGCUACACGGAGCCCAAUGAGAGCCGUACCUCCCUGCAAACUGGACCUGACACUGGUGCCAACUGGACCGAGCCCGGGGCUCUCCCCGUCCUUGCUGCUGGCCGGGCACCUGGCCGGUCCCCACGCCGCGCCGGGCACCCCGAGCCCUCCCACACCUCGUCCAGGGYGAGGGCUGAGUCCCGCUCACUGUGCACUUUGCUUUGCCGCCCGUCGGCGACGCGCUCACGUCUGUGUUACGGGGGCGAGGUCAUUAAAUGGGACAAUUUCCUUUUCUACAGCGUCGCCGGGUGUGGGCUCUCCCUGUGCUGCUGCGCGCGGCUUGUGGCGGGGCUGUCCUCCGUCAGUCCCCAAGCCCUCAUCGGUGGGUGCCCCCCGUGGGACAGUCCCAUCCCUUGGAUGUGCCAGGUGGGACUGGCAGAUGGGACAGUGGUGACAUUGCUGUUCUGAGAGCCACUGGCCCUCAGCAGGCUAUGUGUACCACUGGUGCUGCAUGGGCUGCCUUGGAUCUAACCUGGAGCAUCACUGAUGCAGAGGCUGAGGGAUUGGAAAUGGAUCUGAUCCUGGAUGGACUUGUGAACCUUCUUCUUCCCAUUGCCUGGCAUCCUCUGCCUCACCAGGGCAUCCCAGAGCACCUUCCUGCCUGCCCUCAGUCCCAUGUCCCACCUCUGUGUAACCGCAGUGGGGGAUCCCCUGGCCCACCAUCUCUUGUAGCAUUCUCCUGGCUGGCUGCAGCACGUGCUCCUCCGGUGAUGGUGCUGGGACACUGGGGCCUGGCAGGGAGUCAGGAGGGAGAGAGCAGCCUGCUGAGAUGAUGAGAGAUCCAGAAUGAUCCAGAGAGGCAGUGUGAUCCACUGAGCAGUGCACGGCCAAGGCAGGUGAAACUCGGAAGAACAAAUGCUUCUCACUAAAGAUGCUGAAGRAAAGAGAAAGUACAGGGCAGUAGAGUUUUUGGAUCAUCUUUAAGAUUAGGUAUGGAAGAUAAAGUAGAGGCUGAGGGAUACAAGAGUUUCCCUCUGUAGGUUUGGCCUGGGUGGCUGACACUGCCKGGUGCUUGAGCUGGGAGCAGCGCUGUGGCAUCCGUGCACCCAGCACAGUCUCUGUUUGGGCAGGGUGAGGUGCUCUGCCUGUGCCUGUAUGAUGUGUUAAGGCAUGUGCUGGCAUUUCAGCAGGGGCUGGGCUGGCUGGUUAGAGCUGGCAGGGAGGUGAGUCCCUGCAAAAGGCAGGAGAAUUGAGCGGGAAACAGGAAAUCAGGACACAGCUGGAGCACUGCUGGUGCUGGGGAAUGGCAGUUCCUCAGCCUGUGGUCUGCUGUGGGCUGGGCUCUGACUCCUGACUGCCAUCUUUGCUUCUUUCAGGAGGCUGGGAGAGUGUUCCACGGGAGCAGCAGGGUCCUGGGGAGCAGCAGAAACCCAGGCUGUCGGUGGCUGUGCAGGGGGAUGGGGGCYUGUGCCCCAGUGCCUGCCAUGGCCCUCAUCUCUGUGCCACCUUGCUCAACUGUUUCCAUUUCUUUCCCUCUUCGUUUUUAUACCUAAAAAAAGCCAAAGCCAGAGGAAAUAUUUCAAUAUUUCUACUUUCAAGUGAUGAUGCCUCACAUGCUGUAGAUCAGGGAUCACUUCCUGUCCUGCUUGGAGGCUCUUCCGUUUCAUGCAAAUCCCCUUUCCUGUAGAUGUCUGCAGCGUUUUAUGCUCUAUCUCUCCUGUGGAGAGUUCUGUGGGUUCCUGACAACUUCUGGCUUCCCCCAUGGAUAAUCCAGGAUGUGCAUGCUUUUGCUUUGGUACUGCUUAACAUACAGGGGUGCAGAGUACAUACCCUGAGAGAUCUCAAGCAUGAAUCACAGGACUGUUAUCUCUGCCUCGAGCUGUCAUUGCCCAGAGGAGCAGCAGGUGCUGCUAGACACCCAUGUGCCAGGAACAUGGGGACCCCAGUCCCACGCUGCCAGGACACCAUUUGCAGUGAAACCGAAAUCUCCACCACCCACAUGUGCAAGAUGYUGUUCCCUGGUGAAUUGUAUCAGCAGAGAGAGGCUCGGGUCCCCCACCAGUACAAGAGCUCUCUGUCAGGAUACGCAACAUGGAUGCUUUGCCUCAGCAAUUUCUCUGCGUGACAAGUACAGCCCAAGGUCUCUGGUGUUAGCUGGACCACCUACCUGUCCAGCAGUGGUGACCCCACAUCUUUGAUGCUGGAUAUGAGGAGAUGGGGUCCCUCCAGCUGUUGAACUCUUCUUUGUGAGCUCCUUUUCAUUCUUUGGGGAGUAUCUAGCCUGCUUUUCUCCACCACAAGCCCUGCUGGGAGUGGUGAUGUCUAGGARCUGCUCAGUGCUGUGUUGCUUCUUGAGUCCCUAACGUCACCCCUUUUCCAGGACACGUCUUGGCAGUGCCUUCUCAGGAAGCAAUAUCAAGUCCUGUCUAGCUCAGUGUCUGUGCAUUCAUGUGAAUGUUUAUAGUACAAGGACAGUCCAAGCUCAGGCUAAAUGGGGUUCCAUGGCAGGAUGCCUCUGGGCAGUCCCUCUGUCAGCAUUCAGCCCAGGAUUGUGGCUGCUGAGUGCUGACCUCUUGAACAUUUGUCCAAGACCAUCCUUUAAGGAUCAUAUCUCCCCAGUGGCAAUGAGAUCUUCCCACUGAUUAUUUAGGCAGACUGGUUCAUCAGCUUCUUACCCCUCCGGAGUCCAUGUUGGCAAAGACUUACUGGGACAGUCUGGAAGGGUGCUUGUGAUUGCUCUGGCUUCUCCCUCCCCAGCAUUUAGGCUGUUGUGCCCAGGUGUGGACAGGUGCAACUUUUAUUGUCAGCCACGGGAAUGGCACAAAACCCCUCCCUUGAGGCAAGAGUUGUCCCUGGGUUGGGGCAGACUCACUUGUGAGCAUCCUGUCUCCAUGAGGCACUGAGGGACACAAAGGUCAGCCUUUGAGCUGGGGUGACACACGCAGGUCUCUGCUGUGCCUGCUGCACUCCAUGCUCCCCAUGCUGAGAUCAGCCUCUUGGCAAAGGACUUCAGCAGACUCCAGAAGUGAGUCCUGGCUUCCCACUGAAUCCAUUUCUAAUCCCAUAGCAUGCAGUCACCUCCCCUACCCCUUCCCUGGUGAUGUUUCCUGCRACUCAUCUGAAAAGUGAUCUGUCAUCCUUGGAGACCUGUCUUCAAGGUGGCUCUGAGCUGGCUUCAGCCUCUUCAGGGACCUCCUUGGAAGAAUCCCAUGGGAACAGGCCCAGCAGGGAAGAGGAUUUCAAGAGAGCUGGUCAGUAUUCARGCACCACUUCCUCCAGGCUCAGGAACAGUGCAUCCCUAUGAGCAAGAAAUCRAGCAAAGGGGGCAAGAGAAUUCUGGAACUUUAAAGCAGAAGCAGGAGAUACACAGGAGGUGGAAUCAGGAACAGACUACUUGGAAAAAAAUACAGGGAUUUCGUCAGAGUAAGGCCUAGCUGGAAUUAAAUCUGGCCGAGGAGAUGUCAAGGACAGCAAGAAGGGCUUUUCCAAAUGUAUAAAAACCAUAGGAAAACUAAGGAAAAUGUUGGCCUGCUACUAAAUGGAGUGGGGACCCUGGUGACAGGACACUGAAGAGGCAGAUACACUGAAUGCCUUCUUUGUAUUGGUCUUCACUGACAAGAUGAGCCCUCAGGAGUCUCUGACCCAGGAGGCCAGGGAAAAGGAAUGUUGGAAGGAAGAUUUGCCCUUGGGAAAGAAGGAUUGGGUUGGAGAUCACCUGGAGAAAUGUGAUAUCCUCAAAUCCACGGGCCUUGUCAGGAURUAUCCACAAGUGCUGAGGAACUGGUGGACACCAUAGCAGUCAUCUUUAAUAGGUCUGGAGAUCAAGAGAGGUGCCUGGGGCCUGGAAGAAAGYAAAUGUCACCCCAGUCUUCAAAGAGGGCGAGAAGGAGGACCCAGAAAGCUACCAGCCAGUCAGCCUCACCUUAACCUCUGCAAUGAGGUCAUCCGUCACCUUGAAGGGAUUAUCUUUAAGCGUGUGGAAUACAAGAAGGUG